AUGUUCAGAUUUACCGUCUUACUGCCGCUAUGGAGGAGCGGCGGUGGCGGUUGCUCUACUGGUCGGUUCUGCUCUAACUCCGAAUCGACUGUAGAGGGUAUCGAGGGGAAAUGGCAUCCCCAUUUUGGCGAGCCUGUUGAGGGUUUGAAGACCUAUAAGAUUGCUCAGGUCGCUGAACACAACAAGGAGGGCUCCACUGUAUGGGUUACGUUCAAGCAAGGCGUAUAUGACAUUACGGAAUUCGUCGCAAAACACCCCGGAGGAAAAGAUAAAAUUCUCAUGGCCGCGGGUGGAGCUGUAGACGAAUUUUGGCGACUAUAUAGGCAGCAUUUACAAUUGCCGGAAAUCAGCCAUAUGCUGGAGGAGAUGAGAAUAGGCAAUCUUGAUCCAGAGGAGUAUGCCCAAGCUAAUCGUGAGUCAGUGAAGAGUGGGGACGACCCUUAUCGGUUUGAGCCGGAUCAUCGGCAUCCUGCACUUCAAUUUCGAACCCGACAUCCUUGUAACGCCGAGGCGCCUCUUGAGCUACUCGCGGAUGCAUUCGAGACCCCGAAUGCCCUAUUCUUCGUGCGAAAUCAUUUUCCUGUUCCUCCACCACCGGAGAGGCCGGUGGUACGGUUCGAGGGCGUGGGACUAAAAGCAGCAGUCGAACUUACUGUUGAGGAUUUGAAGAGGAAGUUCCCUCAACAUAGUGUCAAUGCAGUGAUUCAGUGCGCUGGAAAUCGAAGAUCUGAAUUCAACCGAAAACUGGAGGGAAAACCUCCGGUGAAAGGCGAGACGUUCUUGGUCAAAAUAGAUUUGACUUGUUCGUGUGCGGCAGGUCUGGGAUGGAAUCCUGGAGCGAUUUCUAACGCCAUCUGGACCGGCCCACGGUUGAGGGAAGUAUUACAGUAUGUUUACGGCGAUAUGGGAGUACCGGAUGAGGUCACCACUGAUGGCCAUGUCCAGUUUUGGGGAAGGGAUGGUGAUGGUCAACACAAUUAUGGAGCAAGUGUGCCGGCGCCUAAAGUAUUUAGUGAUAAUGGUGAUGUUAUAUUGGCUCUUGAAAUGAAUGGUGAGCCGCUGCCUAUCGAUCAUGGCUGGCCUGUUAGAGUUCUUGUGCCGGGGUCGGCUGGAGCCAGGAAUGUCAAGUGGUUGUCUAGAGUAUGUUUGGAGUUGGAGGAGAGUCCAUCGUUCUGGCAGAAGAAUGAUUAUAAAUUUUUACAAGUGAGCUUUGAACACAGUGAGGAGAAUGCGGAAGAUGCGGAGGCCCUGCAAAUGAUCAGAACGAGUUUGUAUGCAAAGGGUGAGGUCGCGGGUACGAAUCCCGGUAACGGCAUUUUAACUCGCUUUAUGUACGCUUAUUCUGGUGGUGGGCGGCGAGUCAAAGAGGUUGACGUAUCAAUCGAUGGAGGAAAGACCUGGAGUCAAGCGAUGAUGGAGGGGCAUCCUGAAGUGAGACAUGACCGCAAUUGGUCGUGGGUACUUUGGUCGGCGGUGAUUUCCAUACCACCUGGUGGAGCCGGAACUUCUCUUGUCAACGUUGGAACACCAGAAGAGGAGGAAGAGGUUGAAAUAAUCGUUCGGGCUUUUGAUGAUGCCAACAAUACUCAACCGGAGAGGUCCGCGACUAUCUGGAAUGUCCGAGGCUUGGUCAACAACUCGUGGCAUAAGGUGAAGGUUAGAGUCAGUCGGAAAAUGUGA